AUGGAAAGUCAAGAUAGCAUCGAUUUCGCGAAAUUACAACGCGACGCGUUGGGGCUACACGAUCCAUUCCAGCCGAAUAUUUCGCAGUCCAUCAAGUCAAACGCUCUCUGUCCCACCCACGAGGCAAACGAAAUCCGUCUAUCCAACCGCCAACCCCCAAAACCUUCCCCAGUCCACCCGAACGGAAGCCGUCACACUCAGUUUCGACCACGACAGCAUGCAGCGCACAUGAUGUUCAACAACAAUGGCAAUGAAGCGGCAAUGGCGCCGGGCUCGCAAUUCGCCAACAUGAGCUCUGCAGACGCUACUCCGGGGGAUACCCAGGUCGUCUCGCAGUCCGUGUACGAUAGCAUGAUACGGCAAAACGGAGAGUCGAUGCGAGACGACUACCUACAAAAUGGGGCCGACGGCGCUACCUUAAGGACAUUGCAUGAGGGCGAUAGCGGGCAUAUUGAUCUCCUCUCGGAGCUGGAGACACAGAAUGGACCGGCCUUCUCACAAGACGACAACGAUGCUGCCAGCACCUCGGAACCAAACCAAUCUUCUCCAAUGGCUUUCGCUCCCGAUCUCUUCCCUGAAUCACAACGAUUUCUUGCGGAAACACCUGCGACGGCUGUGAAAAGAAAUGAUGCGAAGGGUGGGACAACCGAGACGCCGACCGUCUCACGAAACCCACUGGCGGGUGACAUUGAGUCGAGCGGAGGCCUUAUGGGCCUGAGUCAGGUGUUCGGAGCCACGCAGGCACCAUCGUCUCCUCUUGUUCACGGACUGAAUUCUGAACUUGCAUCUGAUCGCCCGUCGCCCAAUAUUCCAAUUCAACGCGCUCGGUUCACCACAGGCAUUUCGUCACCGUUGGUCGGCAUGGCGGGUCAUUUCAUGAGAGAUUCAUCGGAGCCAAACCUGAACUAUAUUUCCAUGAAGGAAUCACAGACAAAGCGUGAUCGUAUGCUGGAUGAGAGAAUGACCCGGUCUGCUGACAACAUUAUGUCGGAUCAGAGUGAUAAGGAGUUUUACAAAGAAUCAAGCUUUGUGGAGCGUGCGCGGCGGCAGCGGGAGUUUGAUUUGGAAAGCGCAGCGCAGUUUCAUGGAUUGAGUGCUCCUGCUCGAUCGACUUCCGCAAGACCACAGACUUCCCCCGAGCAGCCAAUUGAAAAAGAUCAGGUCAUGGCAGAGGCCGUUGCCAGUGAAGAGGAAACAGAGCAAGAGGAAGACUCCGUUAUGCAAGUACCGAAGUCUCAAGAAGGCCCCCAAUCUUCAACAGAAGAGGACAAAGAGAACUUCAAUGAACCCCUGGAUGCUGCUGCCGCUGCUAGUGCCCACGAGCGUCUUUCCCAGGUACUCGGGUAUCAGCAAGUUGAAUCUCCAUCUCGUGAACACUUCGACGUGGAGAACAGCGAUGCAAUCGAUCACCAGGGUGCCCUUGCAUCGCUAUCAAACGGACAGGUGAAUGGCAUGGUUCGUUCUUCCCAAGUAAUGGUGAAAGACUCCCAGCCCUCGCCUCAAUCAUCGCCGAAACGCACCAACCCCGAACAAGGGCAGAGCGCCCCUAAGUCGCCCACACCGUCUCGCUCUCGCUCGAAUUUGUCCCCGCGAGAACGUCUCCAGUCCUCGCCUCCCUUUUCUCGACCAACAUCCAGACGUUCAAACAGCAACAAUAGAAGAGAUCGCUCCGUAUCACUUGAACAUACCACGGAGCCCAAGAAGAGCAUAUCUACCAUCGUAGAUGAACAACCACAUAUCGACAACACGCCAGAGGAGCCCGGCGUAGCUUCACCUGGCACGGGAGGGCAAGCGGGAAAGGGAGGAGCCUCCUCGUCACAGCGAUCUGCUUUAAUAGAGACACCAGUGCAUCGGCGCCUGAAGCAUGUUGGUGAUAUGGCUCGGCUGACGAGUAUUCCGGAAACAAGCCCUACUCAUUCCCAAUGCCAUUCCGAGGCUGGCUCAAAUAUCGAGGGGGUGAACAACGAAGAUGAUGACCUUCCGCCCAUGUUCAGUGGGGCACCCGGCACUGAUCGAAGCAUUCACAUCCGGCCCACCGGGCCCAGAGCACUCUCUUCCCCCUCAAAAAGUUGCUCUCCAGUCCGGGGGGAGGUCGGCACGGGAGGCUUUGAUAUGAACAUGGGAAUCUUCACAAACGAAGACCAAGAGUUCCGCGCCUUGGUCAAUGGUUCGCCCACUCGCCCAAAGAAGAAGAGGCGCGGUAACAAUGGCACAAGCUUCAUCGUUUCUGACCCGGUCAUACCCACGACGCCUCGGCCAUACCCGCCAAAAUCCGUUGCGCCAACUCAAUCUUCACAGACUCGACCCGUUGCUUUACCAAAGGAGCAAUCGAGUGCCUCUUUCGUGCAGGUCCCCGAAACAGAAAAUCGGAGGCAACCGAAAGCUUCUCGACGGGCCACCGAUGACAUCUGGGAAGUCGAGGGCUCGCCUGAACAACCGCGGCGACGGAAGUCGCGAGUAGGAAAAAAGGCCGAAUCGCGCUCAAUACAAGAAAAGGUCGACCCGAAACCCAGCUCGGGAGCUGUAGAGAAAUCAGCACCUCCCCCCAAGACUGUGAUACCCAAUCAACAAACCUACAACCCACCGCCAUAUCCAUCUUCAGAGCCCACAGAAGUAUCAUCAGUCAUUGCGUCUGAUGAUUUCAUUGAUUCAGACACAACAAACAUCCAAGAUCCCCCUCUCACACCCCGGAAAGUCCAUACAUCGCCAGAAGACGCCGCUCAGAUCGCUCCAAGUCAGGUACUUUCGGUGUGGAUGGGCCAGAAGCGAGCAUAUUACCCUGCAACUUGCUUUGGAACGCCAUUGGGUGUAUCUCAAACCAAAUAUUCCGUUAAAUUCGAGGACAGCCUUCCUGUCGAAGUGAACAGAGGUGCUGUCAAGAGAUUUGAGCUUCGGAUCGGAGACGGUGUCAAAGUUGACAUGCCCAAUGUUCCCAAAGUCACGCAUGUCGUUCGCGGAUUCGAUGACAAGUUCACUCGAGAGGAGCUCUCCAAAGCAAUUGAUGAUGGCCUUCACCCCAUUACGGACAUUUAUGGCAACUCUACUGUCAUUGUUGGCCCGAAGCAACGCAAGAGCUUGCCUAAUGGUGGAUUGAACAAUAACGAAAACGUUAUUAGGGUGCCUUUGGCUCGCAUCUAUCUCGAUACAAUUCUUUGGAACCAACUCAAAGAUCGAGCCUUCACCUAUCGCCCAGCGCCUGCUCCGCAAGAACCUGCCGUGCAUACCCCGUCUGUAAAGUCUGCGCCUGCAUCUCCCAGCGCUCGUCUUUCUCGCAGCAUAAAUCUAGGAAGCGGCAUUUUCGCAGGCAUGGCAUUCGCGGUCUCUUACAAAGAGGAUGAAACAUCCAAAAACCGCAUUACCAAGUUGAUCAUGGAAAAUGGGGGCACGGUGCUCUACGAUGGAUUUACUGAGCUCUUCGAAGCUUCGUCUAUCGUUCCCAUCGACACCCCUACCAAAUCACUUGACAAAGACGCUUCUAAAAGCAAGGGGCUACAACUCACUUCGCUCGCCGAAGACGUAGGCUUUGCAUGUCUCAUUGCGGACACCCACUCUCGCCGCGCGAAAUACAUGCAAGCACUUGCACUCAACCUCCCCUGCCUCUCCGGCCGCUGGGUCGAAGACUGUAUCUCCAAAAGCCGCGUCCUGGAUUGGGACAUCUACCUCCUUCCCGCAGGUGACUCAAUGUACCUGAACGGCGCCACAAAAUCACGACUCAUGCUUCCAACACCACCCACCACAUCCCGCCUACCGGAGACCAUCUCCGCGCGGCCCAAACUACUAGCCGGCCAUUCUGUCCUUCUUGUCAUGGGCCGCGGCAAAGCAGAGGAAAAGCGCAAAGCUUACAUAUUCCUCACUUAUGCUCUGGGUGCGUCGCGAGUCGAGAGAGUCCCAGAUCUGCCCACUGCGAGGGCGUUGAUGGACUCGCAGGCUGAAGCUGGCUUGCCGUCCUGGGACUGGAUCUAUGUCGAUGAUGCUGAUCAGGCUGCGGCGAGAUCGAUGCUCACGCCGAAGACGCAGAGAAUCCACUUGUUCCAUGGGAAGAAAAGGAGGAAGUCUAUCUCUUCUUCUACUCCGGUUUCUGAUACGAGUUGUUCUACCAGAGUUGUGGGCAAUGAGUUUGUUUGUCAAAGUUUGAUUCUGGGGCGUCUGUUUGAAUGA